CCUAAAAACGAUCUUUUUAUUUUUUAAAGGAUUGUUUAUUUAAUCCUGUAAGAAGUGUUUUUUUUUAUUUUGUAAUAAUAAACCUUUUUUAAUUGCUUAGUUCUAAAAUGGUUCUAAAAGGUUCUAAAUGUGCACAAGAUUACAAGAAAAGCAGAUUAAUGUAGGUCAACAAAAUUGAUCGUUCUAAAACAGAAAAUUCUGAUCAAGGUUUUGUGUUUUGUGUGCGCAUAAAGUCAACAUAAAAUUUCCAAAUAAGUAAGUUUUAGAUUUAUUCAUGAAUUAUUUGUCAUAUAGUGUUCAGUAUGACUUGACAGUAAUUUAAAAAACAAGUAUUGAAUAACAAAAAGAAUUUUCAAUAUCCAAGGAAUUCCAUUUUAUUUACUAACCCUGACCAGCCCUGACUAACCUAAAAUGUCAGAUGUUGAAGCGAGAAGGGAAGCUAGAAGACGAAAAAUUUUGGAAAACUCCGACAAGAGACUAAAAAAAAUUACUAGCGUUGAAAAGCGGAGUUCCGAUUACGAACUCGAAGGGUAUAAGAGUUCAGUUUUUAAUAGUAAUGAGAACGUAACUAAUGGCGAUGUACACGUACACAAUGGGGCCACAGGAAACAUUAUCACACCUGAGAUAACAGAAGAUCCCUCUAGUUCAAGUAGGUUGUUGCUAGAACCCUCUCAAGAUCAUUUAACUAAAACUCAUCGUCUCACUAUUAUUAUAGGUAUAGCUACUGUACUAAAUGUAUUACUGAUUUGUUUUUCAGAACUUAAUAUUUUAUUAGAUAAAAUAUUUUUGCCUUUGUUAUGUUUCGAAGCUAUCGAUCUAUUGUACAAUAAAAAUCAAACUAACACCAAUGAAGGUGUAGUUAGUUUAAUAUUUUUGUUAUUCAGAAAUGCAAUACCAAGACAUUUGUUUAUAUUAAAUAGGUAUUUUGCAUUAGUUGUUAUUAUUUUAAAAGAUGUAAUGGUGUAUUUUUUUGCUUUUGUCUGUGUAUCAUUCCUUUUGAAGGUUUUAUGUGGUGUAUUAUUUUAUUAAUAAAUUUAUUUUCUUUUUA